UAGGCAAUGCAACAGAAACUUGGGCAAAAACUGGCAACGCAGAUUUACCUAUUAAACGACAGACUGCUAAAUGACUCUAUCUCGGUAUUGCAACACUUCGAUUACGUCAGAGAAACGGCCUUAACCAUGACAGAUCUCAUUGAUUAUAAAUAUACAGCGUUCCUCCGCAAAUGGAGUAAUGUCAUAACAGUUAUUGAUACCAUUUCCAGCAUCACCGAAUCCAACGUCAUAAUGACGUCAGAACAUCUAAGUCGUGUUAUUGAUGACUUAAAAUCGACAGGUGUUAUUAUGUAUGACGCAAACAACGGUUUCCACGAGACAGAAAUAUACGUACCCAUCGAUUUGGAAUCGUUGAGAUCUCUACCCAACGUUAACUUCAAGAAUUACGUCACAGGACUGACGUCAUCGGUAGAGUCCUUGAGAGAAACAGCGUCGAUGGUACAUAACAUCCUUGUCGCUGGUAUAAAAUCCUGGAUCCCGCCAUUUACAGCUUCUGCUUCGAUAUCGAAUGGAGUCAUCAAAACGUUUGACGGAACAGUGUAUACAGUCGAAGGCGCUUGUAACUUCCUUUUAGCAGGAGACUUGACUGAUGGAAACUUUUCUGUUGUCAUGGAAGUACUGGAUAAAAAGAGAACGAAAUUUGUUAUCUCGACACAAAUGCAUACCAUUCAUCUCUCUCCUCGAAAGCAGGUCCGCAUCGAUGGUGCCUUGAUCCAUAUUCCAUACCACAGUCAUGAUAUCUACGUCACAAAAUUCGGGGAUGAAUUAAUUAUAGCCGGAAAUGGGUUCAGUUUGAAAUAUAACCGUCAAACAGAGUCAUACUACUUUUUUCUCAGUGGAUGGUACUUUGGAAAGACUGGUGGUCUGCUGGGAACUUAUGACAACGAACCUUAUAAUGAUAUGUUGAUGGCUACUGGCGAUAUUACAAAUAACAUCGCUUCAUUUAGUAAAACGUGGCAGUUAAACGACCAUUGUAUAUAGGAGAUGAAU